UAAUAUAACUCAAUCUGCAAGUAUGUUCUCCCUGUCCAUGAUGGUGGGGCUGGUACCAAUAGUGUCGCUCUUUGGUUUGUUCUACUCUGCUGCAGUGGAUGAGAACUUCCCUCAGGGCUGCACAAGCAGCAACAAUUUGUGUUUCUACAGCCUGUUGCUGCCGGUCACCAUCCCUGUCUACGUAUUCUUCCACCUCUGGAGUUGGAUAGGGAUCAAGCUUUUUAGACACAACUAGGCCAGUCUGAUUGUGUUCUGUUAAAGGAAAAAUCUACCUGAAAACACUAUAGUACAAUAGACCUUUUUCACGGCAGACAUGUUGACAUGUCAUAUUAGGGAAAGCACAGGUGUAUUCAAAACCAUUAAU